AAUCUUUACUGGUAACAGAGCCUAGUUUGCCACAGAAGCUAAUGUUAACCCAGUUACUACAAAAAUCGAAGUUAUAUCAUGUUUCGUUGCAUUUCGUUACUUUUUUUGUGAACCGAAUAUACCUGAACAACACCAACAUCCAUAAUCCAUGUGCUUUUCCCAGUUUUUUUUUUUUAAUUGCACGCUGUUUUUAAAAGCCAAUCGAUUUAAUUCGACGGAUUUUUAACGGAGUUCAACGUAAAAAUCGUCGCUCGUCCGAAACGGGGAAUUUUGAAGCAUGCAACAGCUGGAGCAGGUGGAGUGGGAUGUGGUGAAUAAACUUCUGCAGCAUCAUGGCUUUAAGCCGGUGUUCUUUGCAGACCCCGUGGAGAAUAAGAACCUCACAGAUUUGGUGCUUUUGGACAAGAAGUCAGCUGGUGAGUUAAGGACAACUCUGAGGACAAUGCUGAUGGACUCUGAGAGGAGACAGGCUCUGAUCCAGGAGCUUGUUAUGUCCAACAACCAUCUCAAAGAGGAGGUUCAGAAGCACACGAGCCGAGCAGCUCAGCAGUCUCAGAGAGCCACAGAGCUGGAGGGGCUGCUGGACCAGGUGAAGACCCGAGUCCAGGACCUGGAGGACCGCUGCCUCUGCAAGGCCGUCCAGCAGCACAGCCUGAGCCAGCAGCUGCAGCUGGAGUACAGAGAGACGCAGAAGCGUUGUCGGCUACUGGAGCAGCAGCUGUCCAAGCAGAAGGAAGAAGCUGCGCAGCUCCAGAGAAAACUCUAUUUUACCGUCAAAGAAGAAGAGCAGCGGCUAGCUCGACAGAGUCAAACAUUUCAGAGGAUCUGCAAGAAGGCGUACAAGCAGAGCUCUGCAGCAGACCAGCAGGUGCUGGACGUAAUCGACUUCUACGAAACUAAAGUAACUCUUCUGCUGGAGGAACUCAGAUCAGCCAAAGGAGAGUUUGAAGGAUCUAAAACGACAAAAACGUCCACCGUCGCCACCCCACCUUUGAAGACUAUCCUCAAGGAAUACCAGGAUCAACAGAAGAAAAGCGACUUUCAGAUAAAAGAACUAAAGAAGGAAAUUGAUUGCCUCAGACAAGAGUUGGACACAAGAUUGCCUAAAGAAGACAACCCAAGUGAGAGUAAUGACGUCACCGACCACUUCAGGGACACUAGAGUGUGUCUCCACUACCAACACCUGCUGACUGAGAUUAGUGCGCUUGUUGCCAAUCCCAAUGCCCCGUUAAGGCUGAGGAGCAAACGCUCCAUGAAUGGUUUGGAGCUGCCAGACUAUCGGGCUCUCCUGCCAACGCUGGAGGAGUGGGCCCAGCAGCUCCAGCUGCUGAAGGAGCUGCAGCGCAGCAUCAAUAAACUGUCUGUCAGACUGAUGCCGGGGCAGCCUUCUGACGUUAACAGUGCCGAAGCUGUGAAGGUGGAGAACAUGAUGCUGCUGGUGGACACGCUGUUGGAGAACGUUUCUGCAGACGAUCAGCAGAAGCUCAGGAGCCCCACUCGCUACACUCUGGAAUCCAUGGUGUCUCAUUUCCAGAAGCUGUUUGAUGUUUCCUCCAUCAGCGGGGUUUAUCCAUGUAUGAACAAGGUCUACACCCGGCUGGGAGAGAUGACCAACGCCAUGAGGAACCUCAGAGAAAUUCUGGGCCUAGACAGCAGAGUUUCUUCUGUUGAGGUUGUAAACCAGGUGGCCAGACUGGUCUCCUCAAAAGAUGAUAGAGGAGGAUUCCAUCAUUUACUGGGAGACGCUGACAUUAACAGCAUCAUCAUCAAAGUGAGGCAGCAUGAUGAGUUCUUCCCCGCUUUCCAUGCCCUUGUUACAGACAUGUUAGAAAUUUUAGGUGUGAACCGUCUGAGUGACAUCCUUCCUGCUCUGAAGUCUCUGACACGAACAAGUCACUGA